CACUACAUACAGCCAGCCAUGAGGAGGAGGAUACAACACAGAUCACUCCACUGACUGACAAUGUAGUCUACAUCACACAACUGUGUAGUGUGGAUCCCUGUCCUGGAUCUGGACCAGCAACAACAACUAACAAGACAACUGGUGGUGAAUUGGGAUGAGUUCCACACUGACACUUGAGAGGACUACUCAUCCAUUCCUACUGAUGGGAAGCGGCCAUCUUUCUGGAUCGACGGUCUACCUCCCAACCGUCUGAUUGACGACAGGACUGGAAGACAUGCUGUGAAGACAGACAGAAGACAGACAGAAGCCAUAAAAGAGGACCGUUAGCCUGUGUUUCCUGCUGCCAUGCCGUGGUACUUCCUGCCCUGCCCGCCCAGCUGCCACAUGUUCUGGCUGGUUCUGGCUGCCCUUCUGCUGCUACUGACGGGCUAUGUGUCUGUGUCUCUGGAAGAGCUGCCCAGGGGCCCAGGGGACAUAGCUGGCAGCGGGUCCAUGAGCGCCAGCACUAACGCUCGCCUGUACAACUCUAUCCAGCACGGAUCCUGCACAUAUACCUUCCUGCUACCAGAUAACGCUGGGGGGAACAGGCCGUGCUUGACGGAGGCGGAGGGGGUCGGCAGCUCCAGCACCAGCCAGGGACAGGGCCAGUACCAGGGGAACACUCUACAGGGAGAUGCCCCCCUGAAAAAGCCCAAGCUCCCAGGACUGGCCCCAGCUCUGGGGAACCAGAGGAUCCAACACCUGGAGAACGUCAUGGACAACUACACACAGUGGCUUCACAAAAUUGAGAGAUAUGUGAAGGACAGUCUGAAUGUGGAGAUGGCUCAGCUGCAGCAGAGUGCUGUCCACAAUCACACAGUUGCCAUCUUGAAUCUAGGCACCAACCUCCUGACCCAGACUGCCCAGCACACACGGAAACUGACAGACGUAGAGAUCCAGCUUCCUGAUGGACAGGUGUUGAAUCAGACCUCCAGGCUGGAGAUUCAGCUCCUGGAGAACUCUCUGUCCACCAACAAACUGGAGACCCAGCUCCUCCACCAAUCUACAGAGAUCAGCAAGCUGCACGACAAGAACAGGCUCUUAGAGCAGAAGAUGCUGGAGCUGGAGUCUGGGCACCAUGAGGAGCUGGUCACCUUCCAGGAGGAGAGGUCCAGCCUGCAGCAGCUGGUAGCCAGACAGAGCAGUGUGAUCACAGAGCUGCAGACCCAUCUGGACCAGGCCACUGGCAACAACAGUAUCCUGCUUAGCCAACAACAGCAGCUCACUGAGACCGUCAACAGUCUGCUGAAACUCUGCUCUAAGGACAGAGGGUCUGGAGGUACUGGAUGGAUACUGGGGCCAAUGUUUCCUGUUACAGAAAGUAUAAAUGAAAUACUCUGGGUGGUGGCAAACAGCAACCUUGCCUUUAAGCAGAGAGAUUCAUCUCAUGAGGAGAGAAAGUAUCAGGACUGCUCUGAAGUCUUUCAUUCUGGCUUCAACAACAGUGGAUUAUAUACUAUUCACAUCAACACACAGGAGACCAAAAAGGUUUACUGUAACAUGGAGGCAGCAGGGGGAGGAUGGUCCGUCAUUCAGAGGAGAAAAGAUGGAACCAUGGACUUCCAGAGGACGUGGAAGGAGUACAAGAUGGGCUUUGGGAGUCUGUCUGGAGAACACUGGCUGGGGAAUGAGUUUGUGUUCCUGCUGACCAGCCAAAGGCCCUACAACCUGAGGGUGGAAGUGACCGACUGGGGCGGACAGCAGGCCUUCUCCCACUAUGACCGUUUCUACAUCGGCAGCGAGAAGCAGAAUUACAGGCUGUUCCUGAAGAGUCACAGUGGAACGGCAGGCAGACAGAGCAGCCUGGUCAUCAACGGAGCAGACUUCAGUACCAAGGAUAUGGACAACGACAACUGCAUCUGCAAAUGUGCUCUCAUGCUCACCGGGGGUUGGUGGUUCGAUGCCUGUGGACCAUCGAACCUGAACGGGAUGUACUACAGUCAUGGUCAGAACAUGGGUAAACUGAAUGGGAUUAGGUGGCACUACUUCAAAGGGUCUAGUUACUCUCUCCGUGCUACUACCAUGAUGAUACGACCAGCAGACUUCUGAGAGGACCUUUUGGUGACUGUCGUUGGGUACGUUGUCCAUAGACACAUUGGCAUCAUUAGUCAUGUUUCCAUCCAAAUGUUUUUAUGUGAUAAAGUAAAGUACUGUCCAACAGGUGUGACGGAAACACAAAAUAGAAGGUGGGAUAAUUGUUUGUACUUUGACUUAAAAAAUAGCAACCUAAUUUUGUUUUCUAUGAGGAACUUGGAUUCUGACUUUCUGGUGCUUACAUGUCCUCUUGAAAGACAUUGAUUGUAUGCUUGAGGACCAGCUCUGCAAUGAAUCAAACUGAAGUGGGUUACAUGAUGAGGAUUUGAAUGUAAGAUUUGGUGCUUUUGAAAGACUUUAAUUUGUCUGGCUGUCACGUUCUGACCUUUAUUUCCUUUGUUUUGUCAUUAUUUAGUAUGGUCAGGGCGUGAGUUGGGUGGGCAGUCUGUUUGUUUUUCUAUGUUUUGGGGUAUUUCUAUGUUUCGG